AGUGACAAUUUAUAAGUAUCAGUACUGUGAGGGAGAGUGAAAAUGAAGAACUUGUUGAAUAUUGUAACUAUAAUCCUUUAUGCGUGGCUCAGUUGGGGUCGUACUGAUGGAGCUCAAAAGAGAGAAAGUGGAGAGGUUUCUUUUCACAGAAUUCAAGUCAGCUCUCUUUUUCCUUCACCGUCAUCAUCGUGUGUUCUUAUUUUCCAAAAAAAUCAUCAUGUGUUCUUUCUCCGAGAGGUGAGACAUUAUUUUAGCUAAUAUUAUUACAGUUCAGUCCUAAUCAGUUCCGUGUCUAUUUAGUUGAAGUGUUAGGCAUCGCAGUGGAAGUUUCUCAAUUAAAAUUUCUUAACACAUAUAUUCAAUAUUAUUAAGAAAUAGUCUUUCAAAUGCUUGAGAAAAUCUCUCAAAAUCUUGAGAUAUUUAUGUAAAAGACGUAUGAAUUUCUCAAGUUUUUGAUAGAAUCUUCUAUUAUAAUAUUAACAUAUGUGAUAAAAGACUUUUUUUGAAAAGUAUUUGAUGUAGAUGGCUUUAACUUAAUAAACACGUUAGACUUAUCUAACACUCUUACAUUAGUGGAUAAACUGAUUUCAUGAAUAUCUCAAUACCCUACUUUUUAUGUAAGUAUGUGAUAUGUGGCUAGCCUUGAGUUUAACAACAUUUACUACAGAGUUUCUUGAGCAAAUAAAUUUGGUUAUAAAAGGACCAACCAAUUACAUGCAGUUAAUAGAGUGACAAUUUAUAAGUAUUACUGUGAGGGAGAGUGAAAAAUGAAGAAUUUGUUGAAUAUUGUAACUAUAAUCCUUUAUGUAAAGCUCAGUUUGGGUCGUACUGAUGGAGCUCAAAAGAGAGAAAGUGGUGAGGUUUCUUUUCACCGAAUUCAAGCCAGCUCUCUUUUUCCUUCACCAUCAUCAUCACGUGUUCUUAAUUAAAAAAAAAAAUCAAUCAUGUAUUCUUUUUCCGAGAGGUGAGAUAUUAUCUCAGACCAUAAUUAACGGUAAAACCCAAAUGAGUUUUUUAUUAUUAUUUUUUUUUGUCCGAUUAAAAAUAAAAAUAAAAACGAACCAAUUGCGGGUCAGCACAUAUUAAUGGAACCUGCGAACAAUGCAAGAAAAAUCAGCGAAUAAUGAUCCUUGUUCUAGCUAUUUUGCAACCGGUUUUUGCUUUUUUGUGUCCCCCUUAAGAAACCCACAAAACACUCCCUCUCUCCCCCGAUAAUCCUGCUCAUAACUAAUAUUAUUACAGUUCAGCCCUGAUCAGUUCCGCUUCUAUUCAGUUGAAGUGUUAGGCAACGCAGUGGAAGUUUCUCAAUUAAAACUUCUUAAUUAACAUAUAUAUUCAAUAUUAUAAAGAAAUAGUCUUUCAAAUGCUUGAGAAAAUCUCUCAAAAUCUUGAGAAAUUUAUGUGAAAGACGUAUGAAUUUCUCAAGUUUUUGAUAGAAUCUUCUAUUAUAAUAUAAAUAUAUGUGAUAAAAGACUCUAAUGUCAAUGGCUUGAACUUAGUAAACACGUCGACUUAACUAACACUCUUACAUUAGUGGGCAUAAACUGAUUUCAUGAAUAUCUCAAUACCCUACUUUUGUAAGUACGUGAUAUGUGGUUAGACUUGAGUCUAACAACAUCCACUAGAGCAAAGAAAUUUGGUUAUAUAAGGACCAACCAAUUACAUGCAAUUAAUAGAGCGACAGUUUAUAAGUAUUACUGUGAGAAAAAGUGUAAAAUAUGAAGAGUUCGUUGAAUAUUGUAACUAUAAUUCUUUGUGUAUGGCUCAGCUGGGGUCGUACUGAUGGAGCUCAAAAGAGAGAAAGUGGAGAGGUUUCUUUUCACAGAAUUCAAGCCAGCUCUCUUUUUCCUUCACCAUCAUCAUCAUGUGUUCUUUCUCCGAGAGCAUCUAAUACCAAGUCGUCGCUGCACGUGGUGCACAGACACGGCCCAUGCUCGAGUCUAAGCAGCAAGAAAGCCGACCAUGACGAGAUCCUCCGACUCGACCAGGCGCGCGUAAAAUCCAUCCACUCUAAACUUUCAAAGAAGCUAACAGCCCGAGACAGAGUCAGUCAAAGCCAGUCAACGGACCUACCUGCUAGAGAUGGGAUCACAUUCGGUUAUGGAAACUACGUCGUGACGGUCGGAAUCGGGACGCCGAAACACGACCUGUCUCUGUUCUUCGACACAGGCAGCGAUAUAACGUGGACGCAAUGCCAGCCAUGUGCUGGAAAGUGCUAUUCCCAAAAGGAGCCCAUCUUUAACCCUUCUUCGUCUUCUUCCUACUCCAACGUCUCCUGCUCAUCUCCCGUUUGCGAUUCUCUCACUUCCCAAGGUCUGGUUAAACAAUGCUCGGCUUCCAACUGCAUCUACCUUGCCGGAUACGGCGAUAAAUCCUUCACCCAAGGAUUUAUGGCCAAGGAGAAAUUUACUUUAAACUCCGAUGUCUUCGACAGUCUUAACUUCGGCUGCGGUCAGAACAACCAAGGACUUUUCACCGGUAUAGCCGGUCUCCUCGGUCUUGGCCGCGGCUCAUUCUCAUUUCCUUCGCAGACGGCAAAGACCUACAACAAUAUAUUCUCCUACUGCCUCCCGUCUUCCCCACAGUACACUGGCCAUCUCACCUUCGGAUCAGCUGGACUAUCUAACUCCCUCCUCAAAUACACUCCGGUCUCCACAGUCAAAGACAGCUCAUCCUUAUACGGCCUAGACAUCGUAGGUAUCUCCGUCGACGACAAGGAGCUCAAGAUCCCUCUAACCGUUUUCUCCACUCCCGGCGCUAUCAUCGACUCAGGCACCGUGAUCACUCGCCUCCCUCCCAAGGCCUACGCGGCGCUGCGAACCGCGUUUAAGGAAAAAAUGUCGAAUUACACGGCCGCGGCGGGAUUGCCACCGCUGGACACGUGCUACGACUUCACCGGCGUGGAGAGCAUAGACGUCCCAAAAGUCUCCUUCUCCUUCAAAGGCGGUACCGUCGUGGAGCUUGAACCGAUAGGGGUUUUGUUCGUGGCCGAUAGGUCGCAGGUUUGUUUGGCGUUCAUAGCGAAUGACAAGGAUGAUGACGUGGCUAUUCUAGGGAACGUUCAACAGAAGACGCUACAAGUUGUGUACGACGGUCCGGGCGGUCGGGUUGGGUUUGCUCCCAAUGGUUGUAAUUGAUUUAAAUGAGUAAGUUUGUAUUUUAAAAGGAGCUUUAUCCUUAAACGUGUGUGAAGUACACGAGAUAUACGUUUUGCCUGGAUGCAAGUAUGCAACACAUCUCUUUCUAUUGUAUAAGUUUAUAACUCAUUAUCUUAAUACAGAUCAUAUUAAGUA